UGGUCCCGCAUUACUGGGGUCCGAUAUGAUGCCGAUGCAGGUUCGAAAAUAAUUGUUUCUCCUGACGAAUUAUACAUAUCCCUGGUAUGACUCUUUUCAAAUCAUUCUCCUAACUUUUCUAUAUAUUUAUUUAUAUUCUCCAUUGUUCUUCAGAAUAGCUUAGUUAUUUCAAUUUUAAAACUAAUACACCUUGCAGUAAUCAAUUGAGAUUAUCCACCGGCAGUUUUGGACAAUGACAACUGAAGUUCAGUGCAACGGGCAUGUUGAUGCUUCACCGUUAAUUUCCAAUUCUUUGAAGCACAAUGACAGUCAUCGAAGCUGGGUAGUACAGAAGUUUGGUGGCACAAGUGUGGGCAAAUUCGCUGUGAAUAUUGCAGAAGAUAUUGUACGGUGGGUGCAUUGUGUGACAUCGCCAGUCAAAGCGAUUCUGAAACUAAUUGGUUUUCCAGGGCAAGCUUGAAAGAUCAUAGAAUCGCAGUUGUCUGCUCUGCGAGGAGUACUGGAAAGAAGGUCGAGGGCACAACAAGUCGGUAAGGGUCUUUGAAACCCGGGAGAAUUGUGCAUGGAUCGAUAUACUAAUGCUGGUCUUUACAGAUUAUUAGAGAUCCACGGUGUCCUUCAAUCAGUCAAUUCUUUGAAAGACACAGAUUCAGAACACUACAAGAGCUUGGCCAGCAAAUACGAAGCGCUAGUGGAUGUUAUCUGUGACGAUCACAUUGCGGCGGCAAAGUCACAUAUACAGGAUGAAUCUAUAGCCUCGAAACUCGCAAAGGACAUUGAGACGGAGUGUAAGGAGAUACGAGAAUAUCGAUUAGCCGUUGAACGAUGGCACCUAGAGAUCGAUUCAAGAUCGAAAGAUCGCCUUGUCAGCUUUGGAGAGAAACUUAGCUGUAGAUUUGUCGCAGCUUUAUUACAAGAUAGGGUAGGCUAUCUCGAAUAUUUUAAAUUGCCCGGUGCUUACAAUAGUCUAUAGGGAGUUGAUGCCGAAUACCUAGACCUCUCAGACGCAAUACAUUUCAAGUCGCCGAAGGGAAUGAACUUGGAGUUUUACAGAGACGUGGCUGCGGCAAUAAAAGAGAAGAUAGACGCCUGUGAGGACAGAGUGCCUAUUAUUACUGGAUAUUUCGGAACUGUCCCAGGUGGUUUAAUGGAUGGAGAAAUCGGGCGAGGAUAUACCGAUCUCUGCGCGGCAUUGGUGGCUGUUGGAGUCGCGGCGGAAGAAUUGCAGGUAUGGAAAGAAGUUGAUGGUAUAUUUACUGCAGAUCCCUCGAAAGUGCCAACCGCGCGACUUUUGUCCACUAUAACACCAUCCGAAGCAGCAGAAUUGACGUUCUAUGGUUCCGAGGUCAUUCAUCACUUGACUAUGGACCAAGUAAUCCGAGCGACCCCACCCAUCAGGAUCCGAAUUAAGAACGUUAAGAACCCGCGAGGAAAUGGCACAAUCAUUCUACCCGAUCCUAUAUUAGAACCUUCACAGCAUACCCAUAGCAGAAGCCGGAGCCCUGUAGGCUCGAGAAAGACGCCCAAGCGCCCUACAGCCGUUACUAUCAAGGACAAAAUAUCCGUCAUCAACGUACACUCGAACAAGAGAUCGAUUUCGCACGGGUUCUUCGCCAAGGUGUUUUCUAUACUGGAUAAUCGACAGAUUUCUGUUGAUCUUAUUUCUACGAGUGAGGUCCACGUUUCCAUGGCCGUUCAUUCAGCGCACAUCGCCGCAGAAGAUAUGCAGCGGACCAAGGCGGAGCUCCAAGAGUGCGGCGAAGUAAGUAUUCUUAGUGAAAUGGCCAUCCUCAGUUUGGUUGGAUCGGAAAUGAAGAAUAUGAUUGGAAUUGCAGGUAAAAUGUUUUCUACCCUAGGAGAAAACAACGUCAAUAUCGAAAUGAUAUCUCAGGGUAAAUUUAGAAUCUCCGUCCCGUGCAUCGAUUCGACAACUAACAAGCGACAUUCAGGGGCGAGUGAGAUCAACAUAUCUUGUGUCAUAGAUGCUUAUGAAGCCACACGCGCGAUGAACAUAUUGCAUACAAAUCUUUUCACAUUUUUAGAAUAGAUAAAAAGAGAAUAUUCCGAAGGAGUGGGCGUUUGGAAUUUAUGGAAUUGGGCAUGGUGCAUUUGCGGCAUUAAAAGCUGUGGGAAUGAAUUAGUACACGUAUUCAGAAUGUGUAUGUUUAUAUUUUCGUUGUAUAGAACUUCAAAUUACCCAACCAU